AUGGCUCUCCCUUCUCUCCCCCGCUGCCCGGAUGCCUCAGAUGAAGGAUACCAUGUGAUGGAGCCACCUGUCAUCACAGAACAGUCUCCACGGCGCCUGGUUGUCUUUCCCACAGAUGACAUCAGCCUCAAGUGUGAGGCCAGUGGCAAACCUGAAGUGCAGUUCCGCUGGACAAAGGAUGGCGUCCACUUCAAACCCAAGGAGGAACUGGGUGUGACCGUGCAACAGGCGCCCUACUCCGGCUCCUUCACCAUCACUGGCAACAACACCAAUUUUGCCCAGAGGUUCCAGGGCAUCUAUCGCUGCUUUGCCAGCAAUAAGCUGGGCACUGCCAUGUCGCACGAGAUCCAGCUCAUGGCCGAGGGUGCCCCCAAGUGGCCAAAGGAGACGGUGAAACCAGUGGAAGUGGAGGAAGGGGAGUCGGUGGUCCUGCCUUGUCACCCUCCGCCCAGCGCAGAGCCGCUCCGGAUCUACUGGAUGAACAGCAAGAUCCUGCACAUCAAACAGGAUGAGCGGGUGACAAUGGGCCAGAACGGCAACCUCUACUUUGCCAAUGUGCUCACCUCGGACAACCACUCGGACUACAUCUGCCACGCCCACUUCCCGGGCACCCGAACCAUUAUUCAAAAGGAACCCAUUGACCUCCGGGUCAAGGCCACCAACAGCAUGAUUGACAGGAAGCCACGCCUGCUCCUCCCCACCAACUCCAGCAGCCACCUGGUGGCCUUGCAGGGCCAGCCAUUGGUCCUGGAGUGCAUCGCCGAGGGCUUCCCCACGCCCACCAUCAAGUGGCUGCGCCCCAGUGGCCCCAUGCCAGCUGACCGCAUCACUUACCAGAACCACAACAGGACCCUGCAGCUGCAGAAUGUGGGCGAGGAGGACGACGGCGAGUAUCGCUGCUUGGCCGAGAACUCGCUGGGUAGUGCCCGGCACACCUACUAUGUCACCGUGGAGGCUGCCCCGUACUGGCUGCACAAGCCCCAGAGCCACUUGUACGGGCCAGGAGAGACCGCCCGCCUAGACUGCCAAGUCCAGGGCAGACCCCAACCAGAGGUCACCUGGAGAAUCAACGGGAUCCCUGUGGAGGAGCUGGCCAAAGAUCAGAAGUACCGGAUCCAGCGUGGCGCCCUGAUCCUGAGCAACGUGCAGCCCAGUGACACAAUGGUGACCCAGUGCGAGGCCCGCAACCGGCACGGGCUCCUGCUGGCCAAUGCCUACAUCUAUGUUGUCCAGCUGCCGGCCAAGAUCCUGACGGGGAACAACCAGACGUACAUGGCAGUCGAGGGCAGCACUGCCUACCUUCUGUGCAAGGCCUUCGGAGCCCCUGUGCCCAGCGUCCAGUGGCUGGACGAGGAAGGGACGACAGUGCUUCAGGAUGAACGCUUCUUCCCCUAUGCCAAUGGGACCCUGGGCAUCCGUGACCUCCAGGCCAAUGACACUGGACGCUACUUCUGCCAAGCUGCCAAUGACCAAAACAAUGUGACCAUCGUGGCUAACCUGCAGGUUAAAGAUGCAACUCAGAUCACACAGGGGCCCCUGAGUGCAAUCGAGAAGAAAGGCUCAAGGGUGACAUUCACGUGCCAGGCUUCCUUUGACCCCUCCUUGCAGCCCAGCAUCACUUGGCGUGUGGAUGGUCGAGACCUCCAGGAGCUUGGGGACAGUGACAAGUACUUCAUAGAGGACGGGCGCCUGGUCAUCCACAGCCUGGACUACAGCGACCAGGGUAACUACAGCUGUGUGGCCAGCACCGAGCUGGACGCAGUGGAGAGCAAGGCACAGCUCUUGGUGGUGGGGAGCCCCGGGCCGGUGCCUCAGCUGGAGCUGUCUGAUCGUCACCUGCUGAAGCAGAGCCAGAUGCGCCUAUCUUGGAGCCCGGCUGAAGACCACAAUGCCCCCAUUGAGAAGUAUGACAUUGAAUUUGAGGACAAGGAAAUGGCGCCUGAGAAAUGGUACAGUCUAGGCAAGGUACCAGGGAACCAGACCUCUACCACCCUCAAGCUGUCGCCCUAUGUCCACUACACCUUUAGGGUUACUGCCAUCAACAAAUACGGCCCCGGGGAGCCCAGCCCCGCCUCUGAGACUGUGGUCACACCUGAGGCAGCCCCAGAGAAGAACCCUGUGGACGUGAAGGGGGAAGGGAACGAGACCAACAAUAUGGUCAUCACGUGGAAGCCGCUCCGGUGGAUGGACUGGAACGCCCCCCAGGUUCAGUACCGCGUGCAGUGGCGCCCUCAGGGGACACGGGGGGCCUGGCAGGAACAGAUCGUGAGCGACUCCUUCCUGGUGGUGUCCAACACGUCCACCUUUGUGCCCUAUGAAAUCAAAGUCCAGGCCGUGAACAGCCAGGGCAAGGGCCCCGAGCCCCAGGUCACCAUUGGCUACUCCGGGGAGGACUACCCCCAGGCGAGCCCUGAGCUGGAGGGCAUCAAGAUCCUCAACUCAAGCACCGUGCUGGUCAGGUGGCGGCCUGUGGACCUGGCCCAGGUCAAGGGUCACCUCCGGGGAUACAAUGUGACGUACUGGUGGGAGGGCAGUCAGAGGAAGCACAGCAAGAGGCACGUCCACAAAAACCAUGUGGUGGUGCCUGCCAACACCACCAGCGCCAUCCUUGGUGGCCUGCGGCCCUACAGCUCCUACCGUCUGGAGGUGCAGGCUUUUAACGGGCGGGGAUUGGGACCCGCCAGCGAGUUAACCUUCAGCACCCCAGAGGGAGUGCCUGGCCACCCCGAGGCGUUGCACGUGGAGUGCCAGUCGGACACCAGCCUCCUGCUGCACUGGCAGCCGCCUCUCAGCCACAACGGCGUGCUCACCGGCUACGUGCUGUCCUACCACCCUCUGGCUGAGGGGGGCAAGGAGCAGCUGUCCUUCGACCUUCCGGACCCCGAGCUGCGGACACACAACCUGACCAACCUCAGCCCCCACCUGCGCUACCAAUUCCAGCUUCAGGCCACCACGAAGGAGGGCCCUGGCGAGGCCAUUGUGCGGGAAGGAGGCACCAUGGCGUUGGGGAUCCCGGAUUUCGGCAACAUCUCGGCCACGGCAGGUGAGAACUACAGCGUCGUGUCCUGGGUUCCCAAGGAGGGCCAGUGCAACUUCGGGUUCCACAUCUGGUUCAAAGCCUUGGGAGGUGAGCACGAGAGGGGCCCGGCGGCGCUGCGGCCGCAGUACGUCAGCUACAACCAGAGCUCGUACACGCAGUGGGACCUGCAGCCCGACACCGACUACGAGAUCCGCCUGCUGCGGGAGCGGGUGCUCCUGCACCAGAUGGCCGUCAAGACCAACGGCACGGGCCGCACGAGACUCCCGGCCGCCGGCUUCACCAGCGAGGGCUGGUUCAUCGGCUUCGUGAGCGCCGCCAUCCUGCUGCUGCUCAUCCUGCUCGCGCUCUGCUUCAUCAAGCGCAGCAAGGGCGGCAAGUACUCGGUGAAGGACAAGGAGGACACGCAGGUGGACUCCGAGGCGCGACCCAUGAAAGACGAGACGUUUGGCGAGUACAGGUCCCUGGAGAGUGACAACGAGGAGAAGGCCUUCGGCAGCAGCCAGCCGUCUCUGAACGGAGACAUCAAGCCCCUGGGAAGUGACGACAGCCUGGCCGAUUACGGGGGCAGCGUGGACGUCCAGUUCAACGAGGAUGGCUCCUUCAUUGGCCAGUACAGUGGCAAGAAGGAGAAGGAGGCGGCAGGAGGCAACGACAGCUCAGGAGCCACCUCCCCCAUCAACCCUGCCGUGACCCUGGAAUAGUGGGGUGCAGCCAGCUGUGCUGAGGCCGGGCUUGGCCCAGGGCCGGAGGCACAGGAGAGCCAGAGGCCAAGACGCCCCAGCCUGCUGCCCGCGCUGCGCCCCUGACCUGGGGACAGAGGCCCCUCCCUCUCCGGCAGGUCCCUGGGAGGCCUGAGUUGGAGCAGAGGAGAGGAAGUCACUGCCUCUACUCCCCUUCUUACCACCUGGUCCCCACUUUAUUGCCAAAACCCAGCUGCACCCCUUCCUGGGCACACGCUGCUUCGCCCCUGCUCUGGGGCAGAUCACCCACACAUCAGGGCCCUCGGGUGCUGCCUUGCCAGCCUGUUUGGGCAGAGAGGCUGUGGUGUGGGGCAGAGGAAGUAGGGGUGGCCUCCUCAGGACCAGGGUUGGUGCCUCCCCCUCCCCCAGCCUGUCCUUGGCCACCCUGGCUGGGACUGGGGAAAGAACUUGGUGUCCCCACCAUCAGCUCCCUUUUCUUUGCCAUCUCUACUCCAACCGGGAUGAGUGCUGGGCAGGCUGGCCAUGGGUGCAGGGGAGGCCGUCUGGAGAGCCCAGAGUCCCUGCCCCCAACAUUACACCGGUUGACAACCUUCCUCCCACCGCCCACCCCGGCCCACGGCCGGCUUUCAGGAGCUCCAUACACAUGCUGCCUUCAGUGCCCGCCAGACAACAUCCAAGUGGCCUCUGUCACCGCCGGGGUGCGGGGCGGGCACACCUCCUCCCACUGCCCACCGCAUCCUGGGACCCUGUAGCAGCCCUGCCCACCCCCAGCUGUCUGAACAGUCCUCCUUAGCCUCCCCCGCCCCCCGCCUUGGGAAUGUAAAUACACCGUGACUUUGAAAGUUUGUCCCUUACCCUUUCCCCAUAUGCCACUAGUGUGUAGGCAGAUGUCUGAGUCUCUAGGUGGUUUCUAGGUUUUCUAGCAAUUAGCUUUGAUGAUCCCAUCCCAGGAAAAAUAAAAACAGACAAAAAAAAGGAAAGAUUGGUUCUCCCAGCACUGCUGUGCCCUGCCCAGCAGUUACGGCCUCCCCGAAUGCCUUUGCUUGGUCUGUUGAUAAGCCCUCUACAAAAAACAGAAGUAUAUAUAUAUAUGUACAUAAAUAUCAGAAUUAUAACAGGCAAAUAAAAACCUGGACAUGAAGAGAA